CUUUUCUUGCACUUGUCUAAUUCGUUCUCACUUUUCUCUUCUCUUUUUCUCAAUGGAUUCUCUCACUCUCUUGGCAACCUUUUCCCUUGUCGCGGGCGGCCUUUAUUGGUUCGUUUGCAUCCUUGGUUCUGCCGAGCAGAAGGGUAAAACUGCCGUUCAACUUUCUGGUGGUUCUAUUGCCAAAGAGAAAGUUCAAGACAAGUACAAACAGUACUGGUCUUUCUUUCGUCGCCCUAAAGAAAUCGAAACUACCGAAAAUGUCCCUGCUUUUGUCGACACUUUUUAUAAUCUCGUAACGGAUAUUUACGAAUGGGGUUGGGGUCAGUCUUUUCACUUUUCCCCUUCUAUCCCUGGAAAAUCUCACCGUGAUUGCACGCGCAUUCACGAAGAGAGGGCUGUGGAUCUGUUGGGCGUAAAGCCUGGAGCCCGCAUUCUUGAUGCGGGCUGCGGGGUUGGAGGGCCUAUGCGGGCCAUCGCGGCCCAUUCAAAGGCUAAUGUUGUUGGCAUUACUAUCAACGAGUACCAAGUAAAACGGGCCCAGGCCCAUAACAAGAAAGCAGGCCUUGACUCCUUAUGUGAAGUGGUAUGUGGGAAUUUCCUAGAAAUGCCUUUUAGUGACAACAGUUUUGAUGGAGCGUAUUCGAUUGAAGCAACAUGUCAUGCACCAAAACUGGAAGAAGUAUACCAAGAAAUUUAUCGGGUCUUGAAACCCGGAUCGAUGUACGUUUCGUACGAAUGGGUUACAACUGAAUUAUACAAUGCUGAUGAUCCUGAACAUGUUGAGAUUAUUCAUGGUAUCGAAAGGGGUGAUGCGUUACCCGGUCUGAGAAGUUACAGCGACAUUGCUAAGGUUGCUAAGAAGGUCGGGUUUGAAGUUGUGGACGAAAAAGAUUUGGCAAAGCCACCAGCAAACCCAUGGUGGACAAGGUUGCAAAUGGGGAGAAUUGCUUAUUGGAGGAACCAUAUUGUUGUUACAGUGCUUUCUUGGCUUGGAAUUGCACCUAAGGGUACAGUUGAUGUGCACAAAAUGUUGUUUGUGACAGCUGAUUAUUUGGCUAAAGGUGGUGAGAAAGAGAUUUUUAGUCCUAUGCAUAUGAUUCUUUGCAGAAAGCCUGAAGAACAUUAGGCAUCGUCAGAUUAGGUGUUUUAAUUUAAUGUGGAAUUAUUGGAUUACCUAUGGUUUUUUCUUGGGCUUAUUGGAUUUAAUUUAAUGGCAUUUUUUCUCUUUGACUGUUUCUUUCUGUAAUUUCUAGAUUAAUAUAUUUGCUUCUGAUGUAGUAGGAGA